AUGUGUUUUGAAGAGAGGUAUUACAAAGACUGUGGGCACCUUGCCUACAGAGGUGAUGUUUGGUGCGAAAACAGUCACGUCAACCUAUUGACUGGCGAAUAUACAUACUGCUCAGCAUCACGCAACAGCAGAACCACCCAGUUCGUCGUACUCGAAACUCCUGGACACUGCGAUACCCAUGAAUGCUGGCUGAAGGCACGGAUUAGAUACGGCUGGAGGUGUCACAGGUGCUUGCACAAGAAUGGUGGAAAACAGGGCAGAUUUUGCAGAGGUCAUAAAUGCGGUCACGAGGUCUGCAGCAAGUGUUCCUCCAGCUUCUUGAAAUGCUGCUAUGACGGUCAUACUCUCAGACGUGGCGCGAAGUGUAAAGUAUGUUCACAUCAGUCUUGCUCCAGGUGCGAGUAUUGCCUGCAGUGA